CUCGCCUACGCGCAGUUUGGUUUCUUCGACCAAAUGUUCGGUCAUCAACAACAGCACGCUCAGCGGGGGAACUCUGGAGGGGCUUCGCAGUGGGCAGUACAUGCCGACGCAGUCUCAUGCUCGCAGUAUCUCUGCCCAGACACCCUGAUUUGCGUUUCGCGGCCUGCAGACUGUCCCUGUCCCAAUGUGGAAGAUGUCAAGUGCACAAUCCCGGACUCUCAGGACAAAGGGUCCGCUACUGUGCUGUGCGUUCGCGGAGAGAAGGAGUGCGCCAGUGUAGAACAGUUAACGAGAAAGCAUUCG